GAGGUUUGGAAACGCCACUGCAUUCUGCUGGCCUGACUGUGAAGUUGCCAGCAUUUACCUCAGAGCUCAGCAGUCUUGAAGAACAGUCAUUCUGGAGGUACACUUUUAAUGUUAUGUAUGUAAAUUCUAAUAUUUUUUUUUUUAAUUCUUGAUUUCAGCUGGAUUCAGAUGCUCUGUGUUAAUUAAUGCAAGAGACGAACACGCAGUUGAGACAGCUAAUAUCUUAAAUGCAGAAUUACUAGCUUGCAAAUCAGGCACAUUCAAUAUAUAGUGCAUUAUCUCUGGUUUGAGGGGUGCUCUUUGAGUUGGUCACUUCAUAGCUCAGUUCUUCCCUAGAUUGUGGGAAUUUGUGCAUCAAUGGGGGAGUAGUCUCUGCUUUAAAAUAUUUGUAAGGCCCUGUAUUUCAGAAAUAGAUCUUGGGAAGCACGCACAGUCCUUGCUUUUGUCAGAGGAUCUUGCAGUCUAGCUGCUGUGUAGUCCUCAUUUUUCUAAACAGCUCGUGCUGCACCCAAAAAGAGUACUGACCUAAAGCUGCCUUAUAGUAAGGAGUUGAUAGUUUUGGUAUGCUUUUUGUGGAAGUCUGUGUUACUGCCUUGUUGGCGGAAGUCCAGCAGCUUGGUUCUCACAUGUGACUAUGCAAAGUCAGGGCUCUAAUUCUGCGAGUGCUGAGCUGGGGCUCUGGAACCACCCACCUGUGCAGGCCUCCGUUCUUACCGGGGAAAAUGCUGUCUGUGUUUGGUGAAAAAGACGCACCUGGCUAUCCUAGAUCCUUGGGAUGCAGAGGGAAGAGUGCAGUAGCAGACAGCUUCUGCUACGUGAAAGUUGCCAAUUUAAAUGAUCCCAAACAAAAACUUCUGUAUUUGCUCUCCCCAUCCCCAAACUUUCUCAACCUUUCAGUCUGAUGCUUUCAGCUGAAAUAAGAGAAAAAGAAAGCAUUAAUCUCCCAUGAGAAUUACAUAGCCUGCUAGUUCUAGGUCACCCUUUGCUACUGGCAUCGUUUGCAUCUUAGCUGUUCUCAGCCAUCAGUAACAUCACUGUAUACUUGAAAUGCUGUAAUAAAUGUGGCCUGAAUAAUCCACUGUGGAGCUUCUGUAUGCUCUGGUCUUUGAAGUUCUGCAAAAUGUUGGGAGUGCGGGAUUCCGUUAAGAGUUUUAAUUUUGGUAAAUAUUUUAGCUAGCAGUUCUCUGGGAUUCUUAGGUCUCUUGUAUUGUAGGCUUGACUGCAAUGCUUUCAGAAGUGGUUAGAAACAUUUCUAGUGUAAGUAGGUAGCUAAUGCUUAUAUCCAUGCUUUAAAGGGUGAUUAAGAAGGUUAAGCCACACGUUGCCUCUGUAUAAGCUGUUCUGCCUCUUCGGCCCGUGCAUGGUGACACACAAUCAUGGCAGAGCCACUGCUGCAUUGCAGCAUGCCCGUCUGGUCCAGUGCUCGACUUCAAGCACUGUUGUGAAACCUGCAGAGUGAAAGAGUGGAAAACAGGAGAGUUGCUUAUGUGCCUUUUGCCUCUAUUCCUCAAUUGCUCACAGCCUCACCAGCUAAGUUUCUUGGUCUUUGCAGUUCUCUGCUAUUCUGCUGGACAGAAGCUGCCAGCCUGAGCUGAGGAGGAUCCUCUGUUGAGGACUGUGACCACAUGGAAGAGACAUUGGUUUCUGGAUCUCCUCGAAGCUCCUGACCCAGACUCCUUCCUGAAGUCUGCGCGUCUCCAGCGCCUGCCCUCGUCCUCCUCGGAGAUGGGCAGCCAGGACGUGUCCCCUCUGCGGGAGACCAGCAAGGACCCAUUCUCCGGAGACUGCAGCUGCCGGCAGGACGGGCUGACCGUCAUCAUCACUGCCUGCCUCACCUUCGCCACAGGGGUCACAGUGGCCUUGAUCAUGCAGAUCUAUUUUGGGGACCCUCAGAUCUUCCAGCAUGGUGCCGUGGUGACGGACGCUGCCCACUGCACAGCCCUGGGCAUCAAGGUGCUCAACAAGCAGGGCUCCUCGGUGGAUGCAGCCAUCGCCUCAGCCCUCUGCGCGGGAAUAGUGAACCCCCACACAUCGGGCAUCGGCGGGGGUGGGGUGAUGCUGGUCCACGACAUCCGGAAGAACCGGAGCCAGGUGAUUGACUUCCGUGAGGUGGCUCCCCUGGGCAUCCCACUGGAAGGGGACCUGCAGAAGGACACCAAGCCAGGUCUGCUGGUGGGGGUGCCAGGCAUGAUACAAGGCAUGCACCAGGCUCACCAGUUGCAUGGGAGGCUCCCCUGGUCAAAGCUGCUGGGCCUCGUGGCUGCUGUCGCCCAGGACGGGUUUAAUGUCACACAUGACUUGGCCAAAGCUCUGACUGAACUGAAGGACCUGAACUACUCUGACAAAUUCCGGGAGAUCUUCCUGCCAGACGGCCAGCCUUUGCUGCCUGGCAUGUUUGUGAGGCGCCUGGACCUCGCAGCCGUCUUGGAGCUGGUGGGAGCAGAAGGGGCAUCAGCCUUCUACAGCGGCAACUUGACCCAGGAGAUCAUCUCUGAGGUGCACAACUACGGCGGAGUCUUGGUGGAGGAAGACUUCAGCAAUUACAGCGUCAUAGUGGAGAAUCCUGUCCACACGGUAUAUCGAGGUCAUCUUGUUUUGACUCCUCCACCUCCACAUGCAGGUCCUGCACUGAUCACAGCACUGAACAUCCUUGAGGGCUUUAACAUCUCAAGUCAAGCAUCCAGGGGGAAUAUCUUGCACUGGAUGGCAGAGACCUUAAAAGUAGCCCUGAGUCAAGCUAGCAACUUGGGAGACCCAUCUGAUGAUGUGUCUGUCACUCAUGCUGCAGAAGGCAUGCUGAGUAAAUCAGAAGCUAACUCCUUGCGCCAGCUGAUUAACGACUCCCAGUCCUUCUCGUCUGAUUUCCGCCUGCCGCACUUCUCUGUGGAGAGCGGACCUGCUGCCAGCCAGGUUCUUGUCAUGGGGCCUGAUGACUUCAUUGUUGUGGCUGUAAGUUCUUUGAAUCGUCCCUUUGGUAGUGGAAUAAUAACACCUUCUGGAAUCCUCCUGAACAGCCAGAUGUUGGCCUUCUCCUGGCAAAACAAAACAAUGAACCACUCCAUUCCCAGGCCGCAAAAUCUCAUUCAACCUCGGAAACGGCCCCUGUCUUUCUUGUUGCCCACCAUCGUGAGACCAUCUGAGGGGAUGUGCGGGACAUACCUGUGUCUGGGAGCUAACAACGGGGACAAAGCCUUGAGCAGCAUCGUUCAGGUUUUGGUAAAUGUUUUAGCACUUAACAAGAAUCUGAGUGAAAGUUUGUCACUUGGUCGACUUCACCCACAGCUUCAGUCCAACACCUUGCAGGUUGACAGUGAAUUUCCUGAAGAAGAUAUUGAAUGUCUUGUAGCCAGGGGCCAUGAAGUGGAUAAAGUCAAUGUGAUCUCCCUAGUUCAUGGGGCCAGGAGAACCAACAGUUUCAUCAUUGGCCUGAAGGAUCCCAGGAGCGUGGAUGCUGCUGGAGCCACAAUAUUAUAGCACCUCCCAAACAACAUACUCACUGAACAAGGCUUUAGAGAGAUCAACCCAAGUGAUGUGCAUGUUCUGAAAUGGCUGCCUCCUUCUCUCCCGAGUGAGACCACUGCAUACACACACAUAUAUCCACACUGCUGAGUAAACUUUCUGCAUUCCCUACCCAGGAUGACACGGGGGAUUAGUGGUGCCAACAUACAUCUCUCUGUUUUUUUCUUUCUUUAAAAAAAUAUUUGAAAUGUAAGCAGCCCAGUCGUUGUUAUAGGAAUGAAGGGAGGACGCUUUUCUUUUGACAGCAUCUUAUCAUUAAUUUCAGUCUUUUCAAAAGCCCGAUUCUAACCAACAUCUUAAUUUUAAUGAGCAGGAACAUUAGCAAAGAAAACAAUGACAGGAAAAAACAGCUGCUGAUAAUACUGUAAACUUCAUCUCCGUUUCUUUCCCAAGUUCAUUCUUUGCCUGUUGUGUAAGUCAAUAAUUAAUGCAGCCUAAUGUAGUGUUUGUAGGUGCCUGUAUCUGGAAUAUCAGGGAGUCCUUUAAUGUUCUGUAUGGGCCAGCUGAUUUUUACCAGCAUGCAGCCUCCUAUGUUAGUUCCUUUUCUUACAUCACUGCAUACCUUGAAUUUUUUGAGUAAAUAUUUUGAAUCAAGUAGCUGUGCAUACUCACUGGAAGACCAAUUUUGAACCAGUCUGCCUCUUUAUUGGCGUAGACCAGCAAUUCACUGCUUUUGUUCCCAGAACAGCUGCCCCACCACACGUUUUGUAACUGGAGCAAUGGUUUUCAACUUUUUACAACUUGUGGACCCCCCCAGUAGUUUUCUUACAUUAGUCCAGCCUCCUCCAUAGUGAAUUUACGCUUCGUGGUAAUGGGCUUACUUUGCUUAGAUACUUUCUGGAGAUAUCUUUGAAAUACUACACAUACUUAUAAAAAUUCACAGACCACGGACUGAAAACCACAUGGAAACAGAUUAGGUGGAUUCAGGGCUUUCCUUACGCUGCCUUAUCUCAGUCUGCUUUGAAAGCCUGAGUUGUAUAAUCCCUACAGAGAAGCUUGGGAUUUUCUGCUUACUAAAUUCAGGCCUGUACUUCAGCUCAGGUGGCUGUUAGAAAAGCUGAAGAGAAUGACAGAAAAGGUACAAUACAAAGCAAAAACUACUGAGAUAUUUUUCUGUCCACAGCAUGAAAUACAGAAUAUAAGAAUACUUCUGCAUUUCUUGACUUAAAAAAAUGAAAAAAGCACCACAUCUGUUCACUGCACCAUUUCAUUCAAUGUUUGUACAUUGCCUCCCUAUUUUAUUUUAUUUUAUUUUAUUUUAUUUUAUUGUUUGUUUGUACAAGAAAGUUAGAUAGAGCCACCUGGCACUAAAAAAUCUGGAAUUUGAUCGUUUUCUGAAGUCUACAUUGUGUUGAUUUCCUUCAUGGUGCAAACAUGUCUAUGGCCAUUGUACUUAUUAUAUAUGUAUAUCUGUUUGUUGUUGCCGUGGUCUGUCAUUUGACGCACGUUAGCCCAACCGUCUUUCUGAGGGAGCCUCUCAGACACCAAUUUGUUUGUAAUGUGCCUCCCUCACACAAGCUGCCAUUUAGCACAGGGCAUGUGUGGGUUGCUUUGAGGUGGUCAGGAAGCUACCAUAGAUAAUUGGACUAAUCGUUCCUGACACCAACCAGCUGAGCAUCUCAAAGCAUCUUACGCUAAUUCUUGCACAUUGUGCUGAGGAGGGAGAGAGAAGUUUUUAUGCUCCUCUGAAAUGCAGCCACCCCUGAGUCAGCUACUUAGCAGAUGGGAACAUCUACAGUAUUUUCUGUUACUUAGCGUUAGUGGCCUCAGCCAAGAGACAGGGCAAUUACGGUGUUAUCUGUGGGAAGUUGUACACUGUGUCACCAAACUGCCCGUAUGGCAAGAACAGGCUUUCCUCAGGAGGAGGACCUCAAAUCUGUUUAUUUUUCUGUCAUAGGCGCUAGAACUCAUCACUGCGCAUAGUUGGAGCAUUCACAAAACAUUACAUGUCAUGCAGCAGACCUCCUCGGGUUUAACAGGAAGGGGAGGAUGCAUUUUUGUGUGUUGAAUCAUACUGGUGGAAAUUUGGGACUUUCUGGUAGAGGACAGCAGUGAUGUGUCCCUCAGACAUGGAGGUUUACUGGGCACCACUGCAAAAUAAAUAGUCAGGUAACUGCUGCUACAGUACUUUGCAUGAAAUAUUACAGAACGCGUUGAAAGAUAACAUUCCUAUUUAUUCAUUCAAUUCUUUUCCCUAAUUCACUUUUGAUGCUGGAAACUGUAUACAUUUGUAAGAUAAAGACUCUGGUCUUGACUCAAAAGGGCACUUAAAAGCCCCAAGGUACAAUUUCAGAGCAAUUAAUUGGAAUCUUAAAAUAAAGCAUGUUCUUAAGUGCUC